AUGGGCGCACCCGUAGCACCAUCACGACAGGGGGAGGCAGAGCGGGCGACGGCGGCCAUUGCCGAGGCCGAGUUUGAGGAGUUGCGCAUGAAGCUGCUCGCGCUGGGCUACUCGGCUCCUCUCGGCAUCGAGAGCGCGCGGCUCGCCAAAGCGCUGGUCGACGAUCUGGUCGCCGCUACCGCCGCUCUACAUCAGCUAGGACAAGAGGCCGCCAGUCGAGGCAACGACGCACACUCGGAGGUUAUGUUCGGCAAGCUGGCGCGAGAGGCGCUGGUGGCGGAGAACUCGCGGAUCUUGCGCGAGAACAACGACCUUCAUCUCGCACUGGUCAGACUCAAGGACGAGGCUGCCGAGCGGGCGGUUCUCUCGGGUGCGACCCGUGACUCGGCCCGGGCGCUCACCGCCGCACACGCCCGUAUCGAAGAGCUCGAGUUUGUUAACAAGGAGCUCCGGGCCCGCCUUGUCCGCCUCGAGGCUGCCCGCAAUGACGCCAUCCGCCAGCUCCAGCUCAUUGCCGACGCCGACGCUGACGGCGUUCCGCGCUCGCCGCCAUCGAUCUCGCUCUCCGCGCCUGUGCCCGAGCCGCGGCUGGGCUCGAGCAAGCUUCCAACGCCCCGCGUGGCUGCUGCUGCUGCACACGCCCGCGCGGAUCUGCUGGUACAAGAGCGCGAUGAGGCGCAUGCCCGCAUUACCCAGCAGAAUACCCAGCUUGCCGCCCUCCGUGGCGAGCUGGAGCGGCUCUCGGCCGAGCUGGACCAGCGCCUGGUUGCGGUUCAGUCUGGCGAUGCCCCGCCUGCUCUCCAGCCACGAGCCACCCUUGAGCUUGUCUCGCUCCAACACCUCAAUGCCACUAACGAGGCCGUCAUCGAGCAGCUCGCGGGUCAGAUUGCGCUCCUCGAGCGGCACAUUUUCGGCCUCGAGCGGGAGAAGAAGCAGCGCGUCGCAGCCCGCAAGCGUGCCAAAGCCGCCGCCGCCGCCCGCGCACACUCGCGCGCUAUUGUCCGUGCUCGCGCCUCGCCCACGCCGCAGGCAAAGACGAAGAAGACGAGGGCAAAGCCCAAGGCUGUAUCCAAGGCCCGAUCCAAGACAAAGCCCAAGUCCCGGCUGAGGACAAAGAAGAACAAGAAGAAGACCCGCAAGCCGAGUCGCACAUCGACCAAGCCUGUGGUUAAGCAAGUUCUGGACGAGAACAAGGCUGUCCUCGACGAGCUCGCCGCCAUGAAAGAGGCGCAAUCGAUGGUCCUCAUGUCGUCCGAACCGCUUGAGCCACACGAGGCUGCCCGUGCUUACGCCGAAAUGACCAUGUCGCGGUCGAUGGCUUGA